AUGAAGGAUGAUAUCUACUUCUUUAGAUUUGUACUGAAUGUCUCGACAGAUGAAAAUUGGUUCAAUAGAACGUUGCGAGAGAUCGAUCCUGAAGGAGCCGCUCUUGGAACUUAUAUUGGACCAUAUAGGACACACAACGAGGAGUUCGUCAAGUAUCAGUCCUACUGCUUUUACAAUCCCAACUCGGACGUUUGCGCUCGUAUGGAGGCACGUAUCGCGAAAGAGCAUCAGAUUAAUGAGAAAGACGUCUCAGCUGUGCGUGUCCUCACAUCGUUACCGUACUCCUUUUGUCACAACAUAAUCAACAAAUUACGGCAAGACCAUAGAACCGAUGAAUGCAAAAAGGAACAAUCCAGUUCUGGUCCUUUUAUGAUGAUUUUCGGAGGCUUGAUGCUGUUGGGUGUGGGAAGGACAAUGCCAUUCUCAUUAGGACUUCCAUUAAUGGACGAUAACGUGAAGAAACACAAUCUCCCACUAUAUUUCGCGUGCAUGUUUUUCGUGAAGAUUCUCGGACCAGUGGUAGGACUAUUGGUUGGUAGUAAACUCAACGAAAUCUACUAUACGUUUGACCGUGAGCGA